AUGUCUACUAACGCCACCACCAACACCAACAACAAACCCACCACAAACCCCACCUGGAUAGUCUACGACGCCUCCAAAGCCCCUGCCAUCGGCUCCCGCGCCUACGGGUACGUCUCCCUGUCCUCCGGGCAAAUCUUCACAGACUGGGGAACCGCAACAAAAGCCACGACGCUUUCGCGCGUCAUCAUCGUGAAACCCAUCGAGGGGCAAAAGGACAAACUCACUCCGACGACCUCGAUGGAUCGCGAUGUGGGCACGUCGAAUCCGGCCGUUGGCUCGCCGGCUAGCGGGUACUGGGAACCGUCGAGUGCCGCGGGGUCGGCGGUUGUGCAUUAUGGGCUGGGUGAAGUUAUGGCUGUUUAUGAGGGUGUUAAAAUCUUCGAGGUUAGGAGGGCCGGGGGCGCGGUGCAUCCGGUGAGUAAGUGA